GCUUUGAAAGCGCGCAUCACUAAGACAAGAAAAUAAUGGACCGCAGUGGGAGUUAACAAGGAAUUAAAUAUUUAAUUUGCUUUAUGACUAAAACUGGACUUAUAAGAAGAAUAUAAUGGCCAAAGUAUGUGGAAAAUAACCAGAACCAGAAGAUGGCAGUAAUGCAACCUUAAGGUUGCAACCUAACGUUACAUUUAAAACGCUAAGAAGAAGAAAGAGCUCACGUGUGAUGUGUUUGUGUAUCCUCGGUGUUUUUCUCUCGUGAGUGUAAACAGAGUCUUGUGCCUGUGUAUUUUAGUGUUGAUGAUGAGAUGGAUGUGAUGUGCUGUAAAUCAGGAACUGAUCAGGGCUUACAGGAUGAGGAAUCUACUGAUCAAACCUCCACAGAGUCUCUGGAUUCUGUCUGGAACGCUGGAGAACAGCAGCAGAUCUUGCAGACCAAACUCAAGAUGUGUUCAGUCAAACUCAUCGACUUCAGGAACCUCAUAAUGAAGAUCAAAACUGAACCUACAGAAAUACAAACUGAAACCACAGAAAUACAAACUGAACCUACAGAAAUAAAAACUGAACCUACAGAAAUACAAACUGAAACCACAGAAAUACAAACUGAACCUACAGAAAUAAAAACUGAACCCACAGAAAUGAAAGCAGGACCUACAGAAUAUGAAGACAAUCAUAAUGAUGGUCAUCAUGAUUUUAUUCUAACAGAUGUGAAUAGCGAAUUAUGUUUGGAUGGAGAAAUAACGUCCUUGACAUCAGCACAAAUUCAAGAGAAGAGGCAGUUUCACUGUCAGCAGUGUGGAAAAUGUUUUGACUUCUUAUCUCAUCUGAAAUCUCACAUGAAGACACACAGUGAUGAAAAGCCUUUGCACUGCACUGAAUGUGGCAAAAACUUCAGCACCAAAGAAAAUCUUGGGCUUCAUCAGAAAAUUCACACAGGAGAAAAACCAUACGAGUGUCCUUACUGUGAGAAGAGAUUUUCCUAUGCAUACAGUUUAAAGUCACAUGUGUGUUUACACACUAAUAAGAAACCGUAUCAGUGCAGUGACUUUGGAAAAACCUUUAGGGAUUCAUUCUCUUUAAAGUCACACCAAACACUACACACUGGAGAGAGACCCUAUCAAUGUUCACAUUGUGAUAAAGUUUUUGCUCAAAAAUCUCAGCUGGUAUGCCAUGAGAGAGUUCACUCUGGAGAGAAACCUUACGUCUGCUCUCACUGUGGAAAGGGCUUCUCUAGGCCAUCUAUAUUAACUGUUCAUGAGAAAAUUCACACUGGAGAGAAACCUCAUCACUGUGAUGUUUGUGGGAUGAGUUUCAGUCAAUAUUACAAUUUAGUGGCACACCAGAGAACUCAUACAGGUGAAAAACCUUACAAAUGCUCUCAGUGUGAGAAGACGUUUACUCAGUCAGGUUCUUUAAAAAGCCAUGAGAGACUUCAUACUGGUGAGAAACCUUACCAAUGUAGUGUUUGUGGGAAGAGUUGUAGACAUCGUGUCAAUUUAGUGAGACACCAGAGAACUCAUACAGGUGAAAAACCUUACAAAUGCUCUCAGUGUGAGAAGACGUUUAAUCAUUCAAGUUCCUUUAAAGCCCAUCAGAGAGUUCACACUGGAGAGAAACCGCAUCACUGUGAUGUCUGUGGGAAGAGUUUCGUUCAACAUUACAAUUUAGUGUCACAUCAGAGAGUUCACACUGGAGAGAAACCUUACGUCUGCUCGAUCUGUGGAGAGGGAUUUGCUCAUUCUAGAAGUCUUCACAAUCAUCAGAAGAAACAUACUGAAGAACAAACUACACUGAAAUCAUCAUAUACAGCCGAUGUGAAGGGUGAAUUAUGUUUGGAUGGAGAAAUAACGUCCUCGACUCUUUCCUUCAUCACCGGUGGAGAGACAUUGAGCUCACGAAGACAUUUAGAGAAACUUCAUUCAGAAGAACACAGAGAGAAGAAGAAGAGGCAGUGUCACUGUGAGCAGUGUGGGAAGAAUUUUUUUACAGCAACAUCUCAUGUAAACAGACACAUGAGGACACAGAGUGAUGAAAAGUCUUUCUACUGCACUGAAUGUGGUAAAUAUUUCAGCACCAAACAAAAUCUUAAAACUCAUCAGAGAAUUCAUACAGGAGAAAAACCAUACGAGUGUCCUCACUGUGAGAAGAGAUUCAACCACAAACCUCAUUUGAAGAAACAUAUGCUUUUACACACCAACGAGAAACCAUAUCAGUGCAGUGAAUGUGACAAAGCCUUUAUGUAUUCAUGUUCCUUGAAAUUACACCAGAAUAUUCACUCUGAAAAGAAACCCUAUCAAUGUUCACACUGUGAUAGAAGUUUUGGUUAUAAAUAUCAGCUGAUAGUCCAUGAGGUAACUCACACUGGAGAGAAACCUCAUCACUGUAAUGUUUGUGGAAAAAGUUUCAGUCACUAUUACCUUUUAGUGUCACACCACAAAACUCAUAUUGGUGAAAAACCUUACAAAUGCGCUCAGUGUGGAAAGACGUUUACUCGACUAUCUUCCUUAAAAAUUCAUGAGAGAAUUCACUCUGGAGAGAAACCUUACCAAUGUAGUGUUUGUGGGAGGAGUUUUAAUCAACGUGAACAUUUAGUGUCACACCAGAAAACUCAUACAGGUGAAAAACCUUACGAAUGCUCUCAGUGUGAUAAGACGUUUGCUCGAUUAGAUGGCCUGAGGAGUCAUGAAAGAGUUCAUACAAGAGAGAAACCUUAUGUCUGCUCGAUCUGUGAAGAGAGAUUUGUUUAUUCUCAAUGUCUUCGGAAACAUCAGAAGAAACAUACUGAAAAAUAAGCUAAACCUAAAUCAUCAUAGUGUCUCAAUGUUUGGGAGUCAAACCCAGAGUGCUUUAGAAGUCAACAUCACAUUGAGUUGUCGUGUGGUUUAGUGUUGGAGUGAAGCCAGUGAUAUUCUGAUUAUUCAUUUAUUAAAGCCUUUGUGUUAAGAUAUCAAAGGAUUUGGCUUUGAUUUCCUAAAAACACAGAGUGGGGCACAAACUAUCAUUCAAAAAAUAUGUAAAUUAGAUUAAUAAUUUUUCACACAAUCAACACAAACAUCUCUGUUACAAAUGAACACUUAUUAGGGUGGGGCGGCAGUGGCCUAGUGGUUCAUGUAGGUUGUCUACAAACCGGAAGGUUGGUGGUUCAAUCCCCGGCUCCACCGGUCCUAGAGCAAGACACCUAACCCCAGCCGCUCCAGACGAGCUGGCUGGCGCCUUGCAUGGCUGACACCGCCGUCGGUGUAUGAAUGUGUGAGUGAAUGGGUGAAUGUGAGGCAAAUUGUAAAGCGCUUUGGAUGGCCAUAGGUCUGUUAAAAGCGCUAUAUAAAUGCAGUCCAUUUACCAUUUACCAACAAGGAUUAGGCCUAAAUCUGGCUUAAAUCAAAGCUUAUUUAAUAAUUCUGUUGCACCAAAAAUAAACAGGUUUAAAUCUAACAGCACCGGUGACAGCUACCCAUGCUCGUAUGUGCUCUCCUCUGUCACGCACGCUCCAGUCAAACGAAGGGCAGUGAAUGAACGGACACAUGGUGGCGCUUCAUGACAAAUGCGUCGACACAUCUUGUUCAUUAUAUCACAAUAUCUGAGCUUUGUGAUAUUUCCUGUCACAAUAUUUCCUGAUCUGUUAAUCAAUACAAUUGUUUUAAAAGAUUGUCAAAUGUUUUUAUUUGAAUCAGACCUUUAGAUUAGCCAACCGGUGUAUGUAGGUGAUUUAUAAUAAAAAAAUUACAUUCACUUUGCUUGCAUAAACUGUUUAUUUCCUUUUUGAAUGACAAAGUCAACGUUGUUGGUGUUUAAUUACACCGGAAAAUUCAUAAUGGCGGACAAAAUAAAGCGCAGAUGAAGGGUUUAAUACAGUUUAAAGUUUUAAUCUAAGAUUUGUUAAUCUGUGUUUAAAUUUAAGUGGUGCAAAACAACUCGAAUUAAAAUUAAACUAAGUUCAACCAACCCUAGAUUAGCUCUAAACUUUGCUUAAUUUAAUCCUUGUUGGUGCAGCCCACCCUUAAAGUUUGUUUGUGGGAUCUACCGUUAUCGUACCACACUGAAAGUGACAGGACUGCAAUCGUUACGCCAUAGGUGGGGUUCAUUAACAAACAGAGGUUUUUUUUAACACCUGCUAGAAAAUUUUGU